AUGGCGGGUGCCCACGUGAUUGGGACAUGCUCCAGUAAGGAUAAGGUGGAGCUUUUAAAGACUCUGGGGUGUGAUCGGCCAAUCAAUUACAAGACUGAGGACCUGGACAAAGUAUUGGCGGAGGAAUAUCCGUCUGGUGUAGAUGUUGUAUACGAGUCCGUUGGCAAAGAAAUUUUCCACACAUCUCUGAAACAUUUGGCAAACUUCGGACGCCUCAUCGUGAUAGGGCAAGUGUCGACCUACCAGGGGGAUGAGGCCAAGACCUCAGCAGACUUUAAUGAUGGGCCAUCUUCAGCCUUUGCAAUGUCUCCCAGCAGGCUCCUGACGAAGGGUGCCAGUGUGCGGGGAUUUUUCCUGGCGCUGCACGUGCCUGAAAUUGGCGCCCAUUUCGCCCGCCUGGAACAUCUGUACAAGAGCGGGAAGAACAGAAUGACUGUGGACAACUGGGACAAGAGUCAGACCGGACCUUUCGUCGGGCUGGAGAAGAUUGCGGAUGCUAUCGAUGUGAGAAGGAUUUAA